AUGACUGCAAAUAAGCCUGAGGAUGCCUCCACACUCAAUGAACCACUGCUGCUGGAGCUGAACUGCGUUGUUGAGGGAGAAGCAACGUCGUUCCCAGUAGGGAUUUCCUCCGAUAAAUCGGUCGGAAUACUCAAGGAGGUCAUCAAAGCAAAGAAUGCCAAUGCAUUUAAGGAUAUUGACGCUUACCGGCUCACCCUCUACAAGGUCUCCAUCCCUGACGAAGACAAGACCGUCGUCGAGCCAGAAAUCGAGUCAAAAGAGGCUCUCGCACCCGCGAAAACGAUCCAUGUUUUUGUCAAGCCACCGCAGCGAGAGUCAUCGGAACAGAUUCUCAAGAGAAAAAUGGAUGAAGAUCCACGGUAUAUUUCACCUUCAAAGAAGAUGCGCAUUGAGGAAGGGUGGAGAGAAUACAGGGCUUCUGAUGGUAAAAUGGUCACGUUACCACCCUCUUGGAUCGCAAUGCUGGAGAAUCCUGAAGACCCGCCCGAUGCACGUAAUAAGUUUAAUCAUCUGAAAAGCGAUAAUCAGCUUGGUGAUCAAGUUCACAUUCCAUCCUUGGGCCUCACACCGAAAGAAUUUGAGGAAUAUAAUUCGGGAUUUAUAAUUACGGAUCAGAUGCUAGAAUUGUGGAAGGAGAUUAGUGCUGAACAAAGGUUUUCAUUUCGGCGAGUCCUUUCUGGUCCUAUGGGGGUUGGCAAGUCAUAUCUAUCCUAUUUCCUUGCUGCAAAAGGAUAUGCGGAAGGGUGGCUUACCCUUUAUAUACCAGAUGCCGCGAUAUUAAAUGAAAGUUCGGAUACAAAAUCGGCAAAGGCACUGUUAAGGCGCUUCUUCGCUUUCAACAGGGAUAUCUUGACGGCAUCUGAUCUGGAAAGUCUCCUCGACUUUUCUGAAGUUAUAGAUUGCUCAAUUGUGGCUGCUCGCGCAGUAUUCGACCUAUUCAAACAGAAGGAGCGCAAAACACUGUUCAUUAUCGACGAACAUGGAGAGUUAUUCCGAAAAGAGCCGUAUGUGCCGGAUAAAUACCCGUUCCUGAAGCAUCUAAUGAACCUUAAUCUAUGGCAGUCUCAUUACAAAGGAUCUAGAGUGAUAUUUACAGGAACAGCCCAUGCCAAAUAUGAAUUGCAGAUUAUGGAAGACAGUGCUCGAGCUAUCUUAUUGUACUUUGUUGGCCCACUAUCCGAGACAGUGUUUUCAAAAUGGUUGGAGGUCCACCUGAACCAACCCGAUAUUGUCCAGGAUGUAAUGAGGAUUACAAACCGUGUGCCGCGAGAGUUUAUGCGCCUCAUUCGAUCAAUUAAGGAAAGACCACUCACAAGAGAUAGCAUUGAUGGGUAUGUAGCUCAGAGAACAAGCGAGCUUCGCCCUGUAGUUCAGAAUUACUACAAAGCUCUCAGCGAGAUAUCGAAGGAGGAGUUCGCUAAAAGCCUUGCAACAGUCUUCCUUGGCAACAACUCGGAGAGUGGUGAUUUUGAAUGGGAUUUCCGUGACCUAGGGCUUAUCUAUCGUCUCAACAAGAACCGCGGAGCCAUAAACUAUGUCUUGUGCCCCCCAGUGCAGAAAGCACUCUUUAAGGCGUUUACAAGUAUGCCUCAUCAUGAGCAUAUCCUGAGGGGAGUUGUUCUUGGAGAGAUGAGUGGAGAUGAUUUCGAGUUGGCACUGCUGGUCCGGUUUUUGACUUUAACCAAGCCAAUCGUUCUCGAAGCAACAAACCUUGUCGGCGAGGAUCCAACGCAGAUUAUAAUGGACUUUAAGGAUCAUGGGACAAUCCAUCAAAACAUGACUUCUCUUGGACGUGGCUAUGGACAUGUACUGAGCCAUUGUCAUUCGAGUUAUCCUCGCUUUGAUUUCAUACUCGACACAAUGUUUAUCCAGGUGUCCAUAAGUGAUUUCUGCGACCACGAGCAGAAACAAACUAAGCAGAUCCAGAACGCUUUUGAUAAGAGAGAUUCCAACGGCAAAAAUCAGAUUGAAGGAUAUUUGGACGAAGUAUUUGGAGGUAAUCAUUCCGCCAUAAUUGACGAUGGGCAUUUUGUUGUCAAAAAGGAUGGAGAGCCAGUAACUGGAUUUAAAAUAGUUUACAUGCGUGGUUCCCCUGGUACACCAAACCACACUGGAUUAAUCAGAAAGUACAAAGAUCUUCUUCAUGUCAGCUUCGACGAGCUCAAAGAGAAACUUUUUAGAAAUAUCCAUCUCAAAAAUAAAGAACCGUGUUAUUAA